AUGUCCUCCAUCAAGCUUAAAGUAUUCAACCCUUCUCUGUCCUACAGGUUUGGGUGUCCUGGUCCAGGUUUGUUCCAGUGUACUUUUACUGGAAUGGUGUUUGUUUUGACUCAAGAGGCAGAGCUGCUGUACAGGACCGUCCAAUGGGACGAGAGCCUCCUCCAAUCAGCUGGAAAGACGCCUGCAGGGCUGCUUUUCGAUAUCAAGUGUUCAGAGGAUGCUGCUCUCUGUCAUCUCCACCUCCCACACUGUGAAAUGGAUGUGGAUGGUCUUCUGCCUCAUGGUCUGUUGUCUGUCGUCCACAUCACUGAUGAUGGAAUGAGCAUCCUGGAGCCGCUGCAGAUUACAGACACUCAUGUCAUUGUGGAAGUGCCUCACCUCUCCAUCUUUGGCCUGAUCUGGAACAUUAUGAGGUUGUGGACGAAACCAGUUAGUGGCCAAGUUCUGCUGUUCCUCGGACCACCAAACCCAGAGACAGAAAUACAAAAACUGAAUGUGAUUCUCCUGCCAUGCAACAUCAGUCUGGAUGAGGUCAGGAAACAACAGCGGAAUUAUCAAUACAUCAUGGCCACUUCCACAUGUGAACUUUUCAAAGGCGAAAGUUACACUGUUCACUGUCCUGAGGCCAUCAAAAUACAGCCAAAGAAAGCACAUUUUGUCCUGGAGUUUGGACCAAAUUACCACCCUACGUUUGAGAUCCGCCUGCCUACAAACACAAAAGAAGUGACAUUAACGGUCCGAGACCAGAGACAGAGGGAGGUCUGGGAGCAUGACGUUGAUCUGAUUGAUCCGGCCCUACGUGUAGAAAAUCCUCAGAGUGGUUCAUCAGAGAGCAGCUUGUUAUCAGUUCGGUCAGAGUUUGUCAGAUCAGUGACUGAACCUGUUCUGAACCAGCUGCUGGAUAAACUUCUAGAACGGGAAAUUAUAAAUCAAGAAGAAAUGGAUUCAGCCAGAACCAGCAGCAGGGCUGACAAUGCUCGAACUGUGAUUGACAUGGUACGAAACAAAGGAACACAAGCCAGUUCCUCCCUGAUUGAGGACUUGAGGACAUUGGAUCCAACCCUUUCCAACAAGCUAAAGUUGAGCUAAAGUAGAAAUGAGACUCCUGGACUGGAUCAGUUUGACCUAACUGAUAACAAUUAUGACGUUAUGAAUACAUUAAAAUCAAAGAACAGCUUGAAGGUUCAGACUUGAGAAUUAGGGUUAGGUUCGUAGCUAGGGAAUGCAUAUUGUCAAUGACGGUGUGUGUAUGUUUUUUUAAAUGUAUUUUAUAAACUGAAUUAAUAUAAAAUAAUAGUUAUAAUGCUUCAUAUUUAUACCCACCCUAUAUAUAUAUGCAUUA